CGCCUUCCCUCGCUCCGCCCAGACUUUACUAUGAGAACAGGUUGGCGCAGAAGAGACUUCAGUUAUCCAUAACUCCGCGUUAGACGUGCGUCCUGUCUCCGGUCAACCGAAACAACGAUGCUCGCGUAUCUGCUCCUGCUGGUUACGCUGUCCUUACCUGCGCGUCUAAAUGCGCUUCAUGGAUUAUACGCCUUCGAUCAGCCCGAGCUCUUUCAGAAAAAGAGCAACUGCAAGCCCAUACCUGGAAACCUGCUCCUGUGCCAUGACAUCGAGUACACGAACAUGCGUCUGCCUAACCUCCUCGGACACGAAACCAUGAACGAGGUUCUUCAACAGGCUUCCUCCUGGACACCUCUGGUGCAGAAACAGUGUCAUCCGGACACCAAGAAGUUUCUCUGCUCUCUUUUUGCACCGGUGUGUCUGGAUGAUCUGGACGAGCCAAUUCAGCCGUGCAGGUCGCUGUGUGAGAGCGUAAAGAGCGGCUGCGCUCCGGUGAUGGCCGCGUAUGGGUUCCCUUGGCCGGACAUGCUGGACUGCGCUCGCUUCCCUCUGGAUAAUGACCUGUGCAUACCACCUGCUGGCGCAGAUGUAGCGCCAGUCACCAAGGAAGUUCCAAGAGUGUGUGAUGCCUGCAAAGAAAAGCCUGAGAAUGACAAUGAAAUUGUGGACAGCCUGUGCAAAAAUGACUUUGCUUUAAAGAUCAAAGUUAAAGAGAUCUCCUACAUGAAUGGCGACACCAAGAUCAUUCCAGAAACCAAGAGCAAGACUAUCUACAAGCUGAAUGGUGGUGCCACUGACCGUGACUUCAAGAAGAUGGUGCUUUGGCUGAAAGACGGUUUUCAAUGUCUGUGUGAUGAAAUAAAUGACAUCAAUGCUGCUUAUCUGGUGAUGGGCCAGAAGAUGGAUGGAAAUUUUGUCAUCACGUCACUGAAGCGCUGGCAGAAGGGUCAGCGGGAGUUUAAGAGAAUUUCUCGUAGUAUUCGCAAGCUUCAGUGCUAGGAUUGUCCGCUGAUCAGAGCACUCUAACGGUCCUGAAAAGGAAGACCCGUAACCGUGACACCAUAUAUAAAUGAAAACCGUAAUGUCCUUGACCUGGCCAGUCAGAGCUGAGGAUUGGGGGGGUUGUCACUUGUAGCUGGCAAAAAAAACACCUAUCCUAGAUUACAACUUUACAUUUUCCUCAUACGUUUUGUCCAUUUACAGUACCGGUUAUUUUUACUAUUUUACUAAAACUCAUUCCUCUCCUCUGACAUUUUUGACUACAGAGCCUCAAAACUGCAACAGAACAAUUUUCUUGGAGAACAUUUUAUUUUUGAUUUUUUUGCAAUAAAAUCUUCUAGCAUAAAACGUAUGAAUGUGGAAACCCCUUUUAGUCCCUUAACGACUUCUGACAUUAUUGACAGUGUUAGCUAGUUUAAGUAUCUCCCAAAAAAUUUAAUUCCAAAUAAAACGUCUUUCGAACACAAAUUUUGACAUUUUUAUGAAACGUGAGAUUUCUGCCUCUCCGUUAAAAGUGAGAGACAAUGAGGUUUGUUCUUGUACAUCAAGCAAAUGCAGUUGAGCUUCCUGUUUACACUUUUAGAAGAUGCUUCAUUAAACAUAACUUCAUUCUUGUGUGUCAAAGGAGAGUAGAAGUCAGAUUUAAAUCAUGAAUUGAAAUUUUUAGCUGAAUCACCCCUUUAACGCUAUAUUAUACAACGUCAUUUCAGAGGUUUCUGUGCUUUGUUUCAGGAGUUUGGUAAGAGUCCUUUUCUGUUUCUGAAUCACAAGUGCCCUGUACACAAGGUAACGUUCAAAUAUAGUUGAUUUACUGAGUCUUUGAUGUGGAAGAAUCCAGAAAUGAACCCUAUUGAAUAUCUAUGUGACGAUGUCUAUUGCAAGUGAAAAUCACAUUUGCCAUUGUAUGCCAUUUCAAAUCAGACCCAUUUAUUAGAAAGGGGGAUCGUGUAUUUAGGACAUAUCUGCAUGUUGAAAUUUCAAGGAAGUAAUUUCAUUUCAUAGUUCCUCUAUCAAAUAUAGUGUUUUCUAGCAAUGCAUGGUCAAUAUGGACUUGAAUCUGCCACAGUAAAUACGUGAGAGUGCUUAAAUGGCUUUUAUCAGCGCAAUGAGAUAGCUGGCUCUAUUCUCAGUGUUUAAAAAUAUCCCAUGUGACGCUAGCCUGUGAAGUGUGGUCAUAUAUGUUUAUGUGAAUAUUUUAAUUUCUCCCCAGAUAACGAUUAGUAGGCCAACAAAUCGAUGGUUUCUUUAGCCCAGGGUUUUUGUCUUCUUUCUACUUGAGCCUAAAUACUGCACUGUUCCUGUAUUAUAUUCUUUAAAUCACAAUCAGCAGUUUUUUUGGUUUUUCUUUCACGUGUCGGUUAUAUUAACGAUGUUGUAUGGAUCUGUGUCUUGUUUGCUGUUUUCUUUCGUUUUGGCAUAUGAAUAUCCAGUGUUAAGUAAAGUCAAAACCACGGGUACAUGCUUCUCUACGUGUGCACCACCGUUACAGUGAUGUUGUCUUUUUGAGUUUUAUCGUGCAGUUGGUUAGUAAAAAUCAUCUCAAGAUGAAGUCCAAGCCUUUUUGAUACUCUGUAAAUAAUCAAAUGUUUAUGCUUGUACAUACAUUUCAUUUGUGCGUCACAGUAGCGAUGUGUGUCAUUUCAUUAGUGUUAAAUGCAUUUAUUUACACCCACCGCCAUGUAAUGUAAUUUGAUAAAUGAUGAUUUGUAUACAUACGCAAUACAUAAUAAGAGCAAAUACAUUUCAGAAGGAAAUCAUAGGAUGUGUGUUUUUAUUCCUAGAAAAAUGUCUGCUUUUAACGAUAUGCAUACAAAGACUGUUUAACUUUGGAUGAUAUUAUAGUUUUCUAUUGCUAACGAACAUUAAACAGACUUUCAGAAAGA